AUGGCUAUCGAGAGUUUUGAACCCGCCGUCGGUUUCAUAAAGUUUCGCCUCGCCGUCUCCGUUGGCUAUCGUGGCCGCCAAAUAGGCUUUGUCUUUGCCCCUGGAACCGGUGGAUGCAUCAAGGCGCGCACCUCCUCCUACGCCACGCUCACCGUUGACAGAUUUGAGGUUUUCUACGAUGCAUUCUACUUUAUCGAAGAUGUCGCUAAGGGUGUGAUUCCAUUUGACACUGAGUCGCGAGAUGAAAAGAAGUUGGGGCUUUUCUUUUUCACUGUUCCUUUGAAAAAGAAGUUGAAUAUAUUGUAUCUAUCUGGAGGUUGGUUGUUGUCUAAAGUAUUGUAUUGGUCUUUUAAUUUUGUCGAGGUUGUUGGAUCGUUAGCAAUUAGUGUAAAAUAUUCCUACAAUAAUGUAAUUUCUUUUGCAGGAAAUGGAAUUCGGUCACUCGUUUAGACAAAGCAAU